UUCACAAACUUUUCAUUUAAACAGUCACCCCUAGCAGUCCACCAAGUGCACAGUGACACUCAGACAGGGAGGAACAGGAUGUGCCUCAUCAGGUAGAGAAAAUUAAAAAACCGAAUCCAAGAGAGGCUGAAGGAAGAGCAAGCAGAAGAACAAGAUCGAAUCUGAUGGACAAUUAAAGGCCUUGAUCGGUAGGACAACAACUUGUCCACCUCUUAUCAUAAAUAGCUAUUGCUGAAGACCUAAAUCUGGAUACAACUCUUAAAGGAAUUCAAUGAGAACAGAAACUUCUACUACAUUGGACAACAACAAAGGAAGACAGUAAGCAAGAAAAGAAUAUACUCUAAUGGACUUCUACUGUACCAAUACUGACAAAAGGAAUUUAUUGCCUUAUUAAGUGAGUUUUCAGCACUGAAGAUGAAUGCAAUUUAAUGAGUUGUGUGGUAAAGAAGAAACUUUCCAAAAUUGUUUUUAAAAAUCUGAUUGUGAAGUCUUCCUGAGAAACCUCUACAUAUCUGUCUGUAAAUGUAACCUGAUCUCAAGCAAGCUUUUCUAAUUACAAAGCAAGUUCAGACAUUUGUAAUUAGUGGUCAUCUUUACGAGCAAACCAGGAAAGGGUGAGGUCCGUGUGAAAGAGGGGAGUAGGCCGUAAGAACACCAACACUGAGAUCAAGAAUAUCCCAAAGGAAGACAUCUGAACUUCAUAAACCUAGCAGCGUUAUGGAUCCACAUGGGGGACACUACCUCAACAAAGACGCUGUGUUGUCACCUUUGGGUGCAGCCCGAAUAUGCCAGCUGGUGCUUGGAUGUACCAUAAUUGCCCUGGUGUCCCACAGCGCAGGUUACAGUGCAAACUAUGGGACCUUCUGUAUGUUUGUUUGGUGCUUCAGCUUCACCGUCACACUGCUUGUUUUCACCUUGGACAUCACGCGGCUCCACAGCUGCAUGCCAAUUUCUUGGGACAACUUCACUGUCGCCUUCGCCAUGUUAGCAACACUGAUGUACAUCACUGCCUCUGUGGUCUACCCAGUAUACUUUCUCCAAACAGAAAACUCUGACGAGAACUACGAAGUACAAAUCUACCGCAUUUCCGUAACCGUCUGUUCCAGUGUUUGCUGUUUCCCAUACGGAGUGGAAGUAUUCUUGACCAGAGCAAAACCAGGAGCUGUGGUGGGCUACAUGGCCACUGUGUCUGGUCUGCUCAAGGUGGUCCAGGGAUUUGUGGCCUGCAUCAUUUUUGGGGCUCUUGCUAAUGACAGCGAAUACAACCAGUAUAUUGCCACCCAAUACUGCGUGGUGGUGUACAGCCUCUGUUUCUCUGUCACAGUGAUCGUCAUCAUAGUGACAGUGUCCGGAAGAACCGCCGCACUGAGGUUCCCGUUUGACCGCUUUGUGGUCAUCUACACAUUCUUUGCUGUGAUCCUCUACCUCAGUACCGCACUGAUCUGGUCCAUCUUCAGCUUUGAUAAAAAGUACGGCAGCACUGCUCGUCCUGAGGAUUGUCCCCGGGGAGAAUGUUCUUGGGACAGUAAGCUGGUUGUGGCAGUUUUCACCUGUGUCAACCUUGUGUUAUAUUUUAUUGACCUUGUUUACUCUCAGAGGAUUCGAUUUGUCUCCAGCUCUGCUGUCUGAAAAAUGAAAAGAAUUUUUUACUCCAGUUUCUGUGAAGAAUAUUUGAUCCAUAGCUUAAUAGUGUUAUAUACCAAAAACCUUAAAAAUACUAGACAGUAUUAAGCAUGUUGCUUUCUCCAUUUGCCGCUAUUUGGUCCCAUAAAUAUACAUUACAAUAUACAUACUUAGCAGCUUAUUUAUUGUUUUAAAGACUUGAACAGGUUAAAUAUAUCUUAGAGAUUUGUCUAAUAUGUCAGGUCUACUGUGUAGACUGGAUAUUGGUUUUAAUAUUCAAGAAUUUUCUCUUUAUGUUUUGUUUUUCUCUUCUUAUUGCAUUAUAUAAUUGGUGGAUGCAAUUUCGUACAGAAAUGUAAAUGUAUCUGAUACAUUUUAAAUCCUAUCUGAUGUAACCUAACUUGAGUAUUUAAUUGCUUUCUAUCUACAUUACAGUUCUAUUUCGUAUAGACUUUGCCAUUUAAGGCUAUUGCUAGUGGGUUAAAGCGCUGCACCUAUUCUCAUAAGGUCUGGGGUUACAAUACAUAACCAAUGUUUUAGCACUGAAUGAAUGUGGCAUUCUUUAUUUCCAAAUGUUUUUUAGUAUUUCCAGUGUUCAAUAAAAUGCCCAAAUACAGAC